AUGUCAACUAGUGAAUUAGCUCAAGUUAAAGAAUGGCCACAAUAUCAUAGCAGACAUCCAGAUGGUAAACAUAAAUUUAGAACAUUUGUUCAAAUCUUAACUAUUGAAUUAUCUAGAUAUCCAAAUUUCACUGUUCAAGUAACUGAUUUUACUCAUAAUAAACAAAGUGGUAAUAAUAAUAAUAAAGAUGAUCCAUAUAAUCCAACUUCUUCAGGUUUACGUGUUUUACCAGAAAAUUUAGUAUCAUGUGUUAUGCAUAAAGAUAAAAUAGAUACAAUUUUAAAUGGUUAUAAUGUAUUAAAUAAUGGAUCAUUAAAUUUACAAGAUUUAUUAGAAUCAAAUACAAAAGUUGAUGUAUCUAAAUAUCUAAUUAUAGCAGAUAUCAAUUUCUCAUUACGUACGUUUUUACUGCAUAUCGAACCAUAUACAUGGGAGAGUAAUGUAGUAGAUUUUAAGAAUAUUAAAGAACCAAAGGAAAUUAAUUUAUUAACUUCAUUAUUAAGUUUUAUUUAUAAACAACCAAUUUUUUUAGAAGAUUGUGAAGAAGUUAUUAAUAGUAUUGUACCUAAAGAAUGGAAAUUAAAAGCACAAGAAAUGAUUCAAGAUCCAGAUUUAUUUGAAGGGUAUGAUGAAUUGGAAAAUUUAUUGGAGGAAGAAAAAAAACAAUCGAACCUUGAAGAAGAUAUAGAAAUUGAUUUAUACCUGGAUCAAGAGGAAAUGAAUCAAGAUCAAAAAGAUUUUUAUCGAGAUUUUUUAUUAUUAACUGGUAAAAGAGCUGAAUCAGAUCCAAUAAGAAGAAAAGAAGAAAAAGAAAGGAAAACAAAAUAG